UGCCAGUCGCUUACAAAUGACGUCGUAAACGUCCAAACAGGCCGACAGAUGGCAAUAUUUAUUUAUAUUCGUUAUAAGUUGAUACACCCACACAUUAAUAAACAAUAAUACGGAACUGGAUAUAGAAAUUGGCAGUAUAUGUUAAAAAUGAUUUUAUUAACACCAACGUUAUAUUUUCAUUUUAUUGGGUGCCUCUUCGACCUUGCAAAUCAUACGGGGCUUUGAUAUCAUCCUGGAGCCAAACAAGCUACUAGCUGUAGUUGUCAAUCUUGUCCGAGUGAGGGCGAAGAUGUACGACCCAUUUAACUUGUUUAGUAACUUUUGAUCGUCCUUGGAGCGCAUAGACAGAAGAUUAUCCGCGAUAAUUGGCCUGAAAUCAUGCUGUGCGUUUUGACACGAACUGCGGGCCUGGUGAAACCCUGUCGUCUACUGUGUCCGGUGUCGUUUGUCCACGUAUCUGACCGGUCGCUGGUGUAUCAUCAGGAUAGUCUGCCAAAGCUGCCCGUGCCGCCUCUGCAGCAGACAUGCGAGCGCUAUCUGGCUGCGCUGGAGCCGCUGAUAAGCGAGGAGGAGAUGUCGCACACGCGCAAGCUCGUGCACGAGUUUCAGCGUGCGGGUGGUGUAGGAGACAGACUGCAGAAGAGUCUCGAGCGAAGAGCACGCAAAACUGAAAACUGGCUCUCCGAUUGGUGGAUGCAGACAACCUACCUGGAUUCUCGAAUGCCAGUGGCGAUGUACACUAGCCCUGGGGUUGUCUUACCCAAAAUGCACUUCCAAGAUCAGCAGGGACAAAUGAGGUUUGCUGCUAAGCUCAUUGCUGGAGUUUUGGAUUUCAAAAGCAUGCUUAAUAGUGACACAUUACCUGUGGAAUAUCUGGGUGGAAAGCCUUUGUGUAUGGACCAAUAUUAUCAAGUCCUGUCUUCAUGUCGGAUCCCUGGACCCAAGCGGGACACUGUGGUCAACUACGCUAUUGGGAAGACCCCUCCCACACACAUUACAGUGGUCCACAACUUUCAGUUCUUUGUUCUGGAUGUGUACAACAGUGAUGGUACACCACUGACCGUAGAUCAGAUCCAUGUUCAGCUGGAGAAGAUCUGGAACUCUUCUCUUCAAACCAAUAAAGAGCCAGUUGGCAUUCUGACCUCCAACCACCGCAACACUUGGGGCAAAGCCUACAACAACCUUAUCAAGGACAAGACAAACAAAGAGUCUGUGCGGGCCAUCGAGAAGAGCAUCUUUACAGUUUGUCUUGAUGCACCUAUGCCACGGGUGUCAGAUGAGAUGUACCACAACAAGGUGGCUGCUCAAAUGCUUCACGGCGGAGGCAGUCGCUGGAACAGUGGGAACCGCUGGUUCGAUAAAACGCUCCAGUUCAUAGUCGGGGAAGACGGAUCGUGUGGACUUACCUAUGAACAUGCUCCAGCUGAGGGACCUCCUAUUGUUUUUCUGGUCGACCAUGUUGUUGAUUAUAUGAAAAGGAUAGAGAUGGUACGAACUCCCAUGAUUCCACUUCCUAUGCCACUAAAGCUCAGAUUCAACAUCACACCUGAAAUCAAGAAGGACAUCGAGAAAGCCAAACAGAACAUGAACAUAAUGGUGCAUGAGUUGGACGUUCGAGUGCUCAACUUUAAAUACUAUGGAAGAAGAUUCCCAAAAUCUCAUAAAUUGAGUCCAGAUGCAUUCAUUCAGGUAGCUCUGCAGUUGGCCUACUACAGGAUGUAUCAGACAUGCUGUCCGACCUAUGAGAGCGCCUCUUUACGUAUGUUUAAACUGGGCAGAACAGGAGCCAUUCGAUCCACCACCACAGAGUCACUGCAGUUCACACAAGCCAUGGAUGACCCAACAAAACAUAACAGUGAAAAGGCAAUGCUGCUCGAAAAAGCCAUCAAAGUCCACAGAGAGAAUACACGCAUGGCGAUCCAUGGACAGGGUAUAGACAGACAUCUCCUGGGUCUAAGAAUGGUGGCCAUUGAGGAUCUGACAUCUCUACCUGAUAUCUUCAUGGACACGUCCUUCGCUGUGGCUUCACAUUUUAAUCUGUUCACUAGCCAGGUUGGAUCAAAGACAGACUGCGUCAUGUGUUUUGGACCGAUGGUUCCAGAUGGUUAUGGCGUCUGCUACAACCCCAUGGACAAUCAUAUAAACUUUGCUGUAACGGCCUUCAACAGCUGUGAGGAAACCAAUGCCACUAAAUUCUCCCGGUUUCUCAAGGAUGCACUUCUGGACAUGAAGACUUUGAUGGAGCAGGUGUCCGAGGCCCGUGAAUGAAACUUCAUUUGUGGUGAAAGAAACGUUUGGACUAAAGAGAAAACCCCUUUUAAUUACCUGACGGUGGAUUUUAUCAGUUUCUGCAUAUCUUUAAAACUGUUUUUGGAUGCUAAAAUAUAUUAUUUGCAAAAGAGAUCUAUAAGGAAGCCAUUUGUAAGUUGAUUUCGACAGAGACUCAUGUGGUGCUACAACAUUGCUCUGUUGGUUUGAGCAUCCUGACCAGUGCGACACAGCAGUAUUGGCUUGACUUUGACGUGGUACAUUCAGUUUGUUUGCUAAUAGAUGACAUUGGGAGUGUUGUGUUUUUUUAUUUUUGGUGCCGCUAAACGCACAGAAAUUACUUCAUAGUUCAGGCUUAAUAUUUUUUUAUGGACUAAGAGGCUACUACAAAAACAGACUUGAGGAAUUCUGUGUUCCAGUUUUAAGGUUUUAAUGUGAUCCGGUACAGGAUCAGAUCUUGGAGGGCCACAGAAUCCAGACUCGGAGCCGAAUUGUCUUCAUUACUUCAUUCACUUUGGCUUAUGUGGAAGACUAAUAUCAGAAUCUCAGAAUAUCAGAAAAUGAAUUAUUUAUAUUAUAAAUAAUAUAUUAGAGGUAUUGCUUUUUCAAGUUAUUUAUUUGUGCUUUUAGAUCGUCAGUCAAUUCGAUUAAUUUAUCAGUACAAUAAAUAUAUAUAUACGCACUUAGAUAGAUAUAAACAGUAUCUUGUUAAAAUUUUUCAACAAAAGUAUAUGACUAAACAAGGCAGACGAAUUUACAUUAUAUCUUUGGUAUUAUUAAUAAACCAUAUUGACUAAAAAGA